AUGAAGGUAGUGCAGUUCUUGCUAGCUAUUUUCUACCUUUCUCAUACCGAGCUGAUCAAGGGGCAAACCUAUCCAGAUUGCCAAAGUAGGUGUGGCAACGUCAAAAUAGAGUUCCCUUUUGGCACUUCUACAGGUUGUCACCUUCCGGGAGAUGCUAAUUUUCUCCUCACUUGUUAUCCGAAUAAUACGCUAUUCACCGGCAGCUUUGAAGUGGUCAGCAUAUCUCACGGCGGCGAGAUACGUGUCAUGGCUGAAGGAUCCCGUAUGUGCUAUGACAGCCAAGGAAAAACUACGGGGGGGAAUUCGUACACGUAUAUGCUGGGUCCUUAUACUCUCUCUCAACGCAACAAAUUUACUAUAGUAGGUUGCAACAGUUAUGGAUUUCUCAACACAUCUGGUGUUGAGAAAUACUCAAGUGGAUGCUUAUCAAUAUGUAACUCUCGCCCAUCAAACGGAAACAAAACAUGCUCUGGUGAAGGUUGCUGCCAGAUCCCUGUCCCUAGAGGGAGCUCUUAUGUCCAAUUCAAACCAUAUAGCUUUGACAACCAUACUAGUGUGCAUAGCUUUAAUCCUUGCAGCUACGCCUUUCUCGUUGAAAAUGAUAAGUUUGAAUUCCAUGCUUUGGAUGAUCUUUGGAAUCUGCGGAACGUCAAGGCGUUCCCUAUGGUAUUAGAUUGGUCUAUUGGAAAAAAGACAUGCGGUCAGGUUGAAGGCAGACCCGUAUGCGGCGCGAACAGCACAUGUUUCGAUUCCCCUCGUGGAACCGGCUAUAACUGCGAAUGUUUCCAUGGCUUUGAAGGGAAUCCAUACCUUCCAUACAGUUGCCAUGACAUCGAUGAAUGUACUAAUACUAUCCAUCGACAUAACUGUACGGAUCCGAAUAGCACCUGCGAAAACAAAGACGGAGGCUUCCUUUGUAAUUGCAAAUCUGGGUAUCGCAAUAAUUCCACUAAUAGCUGCACGCUUAAAGAGAGCCCUACCUACCCUGGAUGGACUCGUAUUUUUCUUGGAACAACCAUCGGCUUCUUGACCAUCCUGCUUUGUGUUAUCUGUAUAAAACAGAGAAUCAAACGCCGGAAGAACAUUGAGAUCCGACAAAAAUUCUUCGAGCAGAACGGUGGCGACAUGUUGAUACAAAGACUCUCAGGAGCAGGGCCAUCCAAUGUUGACGUCAAAAUCUUUACUGAGGAAGGCAUGAAGACAGCAACUAAUGGUUAUGAUGAGAGUAGAAUCUUGGGUCAGGGAGGGCAAGGAACAGUCUACAAAGGGAUAUUGCCGGACAACUCCGUAGUUGCUAUAAAAAAGGCUCGGCUUGGAGACAACAGCCAAGUAGAGCAGUUCAUCAACGAAGUGCUUGUGCUUUCACAAAUCAACCAUAGGAACGUGGUCAAGCUCUUGGGCUGCUGUCUAGAGACUGAAGUUCCCUUGUUGGUCUAUGAGUUCAUCACCAGUGGCACCCUUUUUGAUCACUUGCAUGGUUCCUUGUUUGAUUCUUCUUUUACAUGGGAAGACCGACUAAGGAUAGCCAUAGAAGUCGCAGGAACUCUUGCAUAUCUUCAUUCCUCUGCCUCUAUUCCAAUCAUCCACCGCGAUGUCAAGACUGCGAAUAUUCUCCUAGAUGAAAACUUAACUGCAAAAGUAGCUGACUUCGGUGCUUCAAGGCUGAUACCGAUGGACAAAGAGCAGCUCACAACAAUGGUGCAAGGAACUCUAGGCUACUUGGACCCUGAAUACUACAACACAGGGUUGCUGAACGAAAAGAGCGAUGUUUAUAGCUUUGGCGUAGUCCUCAUGGAGUUGCUCUCAGGUCAAAAGGCAUUGUGCUUUGAAAGGCCACAAAACUCGAAACAUUUGGUGAGUUACUUUGCUUCUGCCUUGAAAGAGAAUAGACUGCAUGAGGUUAUUGACGGUCAAGUGAUGAACGAGAAGAAUCAAAGGGAGAUCCACGAAGCGGCCAGAGUUUCGGUUGAGUGCACAAGAGUGACGGGGGAGGAAAGGCCAAAGAUGAAGGAAGUAGCUGCAGAGCUUGAGGGUUUGAGAGCCACGAAAACCAAACAUCAGUGGUCGGAUCAAUAUCUCCAGCCGCCAAAGGAGGCUGAACAUUUGCUCGGUCUUGAAAUUUUAUCAGCACAAGGAGAAACCAGUAGCAUUGGCUAUGACAGCAUCAAGAAUGUAGUAAUAAUGGACAUUGAAGCUGGACGCUGA